GCAAUCAUGUCAUAAUUCUCGUGGAGCUCCAUUGACAUAAGUAGAUAUAUAUGUAUACGUACACCUCAGAAAGCAUAGAAUUCGAAAGGCUCCAUGCUCAUAUUUCUUCUUUUCUUCGAACCCCCCACCAAACAAGAAACAGAAAUCAACCUAUUCCCCGUAAAGGGAACUUUCCCCAAAGAAUGUCAUCCAUAUAAUGGAUCUGAAAAUGAACCAUUUUUCGCCGACAUCCUUAAUCCGAACACCGACUCUCCUGACAAAGCGAACAAUGGCUUCCAUUUUCACGGUCACAUUCACAUUCAUUUUCAUUGCAUUCGCCACAAUUUUCCUGUUAGGAAACUCUCACAUCCACCAUCAAUCCCCUGAAUGGUUCAAGAAUAUACUCAACAACAGGUCGCAGUUUCCUUCUUAUCUAUUUCGCACAAAAAACAACAAUAAUGCCGAUCAACAGUUUGAUAAAAAGAUCAACUCCUCCGUUUUGCAAAACGGGCCCGCAUUAGCUCCUUCGGAAAGCAACUCGAAUGUUACCAAGAGUUCCUAUUCCACCUCAUUGCCUGCAGAGAAGAAGGAAAAGAAUUGGCUUGAGAAGAUGAGCAAAUGUGAUAUAUACGAGGGGAAAUGGGUGAAAGACGAUUCUCCUCCUUUAUACGAACGUGGUUCGUGUCGUCACAUUGAGGAGUCUUUUAAUUGCUAUUUGAACGGAAGGCCUGACUAUGGCUAUGAAAAAUUCAGAUGGCAGCCUAAUCAUUGCAAUAUACCAAGAUUGGACGGUCAGAAAAUGUUGAAAUUCUUUAGAGGGAAGAGGAUAGUUUAUGUGGGGGACUCUUUGAACAGGAACAUGUGGGAUUCAAUGGUUUGUCUGCUCACAAAUUCUGUCAAGGAUAAAAGCAGAGUCUUUGAGGCUUCUGGCAAAACUGAAUUCAAGAAAGAAGGGGCGUACGCCUUUCUAUUUCCGGUAAGUUCUAGGUUAGAACUCAAGAGCAAUCCAGCAAUCAGCCUCAAGAGCAUUCUUCGCGACUAUAAUUUCUCGGUGGAGUACAUUAGAUCUGCUUUUCUUGUUCAAGAAUCGGAAGUCCCAGUGAACAAUGGUACCAAAGAGACACUUCGACUUGAUCUAAUUGAGAAGUCAUACGAGACUUAUAAAGAUGCAGAUGUGCUCAUCUUCAACACAGGGAACUGGUGGACUCACGAGAAAACAUCCGAAGGGAAAGGAUACUAUCAAGAAGGCGACCAUGUUCACGAAAAGCUAGACGUUGUCGAAGCUUUUGAUAGAGCUAUGGCUACUUGGGCGAGAUGGGUGGAGGCCAAUGUGGACCCUAUGAAAACCCAUGUUUUCUUUAGAAGUUAUACUCUGUCUCAUUUCAGAAUGACAAACUACCGGCAAGACGCACACCCUUCAUUGUAUCGCAAGCCAAACAUGACACAAGAAGAAAAACAAGAAUUCCAAACGCAUCAAGACUGCAGCCAUUGGUGUCUGCCUGGAGUGCCCGACACUUGGAACCAACUUUUAUUUGCUCAACUUUUGUUACGAGAUAAACAGCGCCAGUGGAAUCAGACCAUUAAUGUAAGCACGUGA